UCGAGCCAGGCAACAGGCUGCUGGGAUUCGCAAUUUGGCGUUGGUGGGCUAGGAAACAACGGAAAGCAGAAGGAUUCCGGUAUAGACCGCAUGUGCGAAAGACUGGUAGGCCGCUUUCAAGGCUGGACAAUGCGUGCGCCGCAGCUUGGCGUAAGGCUGAAAGGAUGAGCCGGGUGAUUGCUUUUAUCAAGGCGAUGGGCGAGCCGUACUCGUACAGUAGAUGAUGUGUUGCAAGUUCAGGUUCAGGCUGUCUCUAUCCGAGGAUGGACCUGUAACUGUAAGCCAUCAGGCGCUAGACACCGAAAGAAGGGCUAGCCAGAUGGAACGGAGGCGCUGCUCGGGAGUCAGGAUUCGGGUGGGUGAGACGAGGCAAAACGCAAAAGAGGGACGGCUUGGUCUUUUGUUUGCUGGAUGGAUGGAGACUCGUACAUGCGGCCGAGUGGAUGGGAUGGAUGGAGCCACCGCGAACCGCCACCAGCCCCGGCGAAAGAAGGGCUGCCAAGGUUCGACAGCUGAGGAGGUUCGCCUGGCAGGUCAGCGAGCGGGCUGGUACGAGUUACGUACAAGCAACGAGUUGACGUCUUUUCUCUUUUCUUUGGGUCGUCUCGUCUUGUCGUGCCCCCGGUCUGGUCUGGUCUGUCUGGGUCUGGUCUCCGUAAGUCAGUCAGCACAGCAUAACAUUGAUCAAUACUCCGUACAGUGACAGUAACAUUGAUGGAGAGAGAACAAGGCGGAGCAGGGCAGAGAGCAGGGGAGAAGACAGACACUGACUGACUGACUGAGCACGGCAGAAGAAUGGACAUAACGCGACUCACCCCCCCUCUCGCAAGCUUCCAGCCUCCGUCGUCGUCCGGCCCCUCUUUCAAAGAAGCCAAGCCCACUGGACUGGAUAGGCACUGCUGCCGAAAUCCUCAGCAAAAAGCUUCUCCCCUGCCCGCGGAUGGCGAUUGAUUGAUUGCGUGUGGAUCGCCUCGACUAC